AAAGGGACUGUGGUUUGCUGGCAAUAGAGCCUGUUCUUCACCCCUCCAAAACCACCCAUCUGUUACAGUCAAUAAAAACCUACUCCACUGAAUUUCUCCGAUAAAAUGAGCACUCAAGGAAGUAGCUCUGGCGCCCAAAGGGCUCGGGAGAGCUUUGCCUCCAUUCUCAGCUAUUAUCAAAACCACGUUCCGAGCGAAGAAGCGCCCGAAUUCGUGAAAAGGGCUUCCAGCGGCGAGAUACAAAUUGGGGUUGCGAAGGGAACUGUACCAUCCGCGGAACAAGGUGAAGAGCUGAAAAAAGCUCUGAAACAAGCUAUGGAAACUCAAGAUGCUUUAACAAAUCUCUCUGCCGUCGAGAAAGAGAUCAUGUCCCAGGCAGCAAAUGCGAGUCUCCGGAAACGUUCUGGAGCGAAGUAGGAAAGCAAGUUGAUCGCAAGUGUGAUGCUUAGGAACUCGCAAAUGUACA